GGUUUGUCGUCGUCUGCGUCGUCGGCCGCGCUUACAAAUUGUCUACGAUCCCACAGACGAACCACUCUCGCCAGGCGGAUCGAACAGCUCGAUCCCUCCCCCGAAUCCCACGCCCAGCGACCCGCUUCAUCGCCGGCCCCGUCCGCGACCUCUUUCUUCCUGCAUCUCUCUCGCCCCGCAUUCUGCCAUCCAAGCAUCCCGUGGUCCCAGUCCGUCCUCCAAGGGUCCAUCCUCUCUCUCACAAGUUCGCACACUAUCCCGUCUUCCAGACCCCAGCUCGCCAGCAUCACCUCUCGCUCGCUCGCUCGCCAUGAACCAGAACUCGGCUGCGUUUUGGUCUCUCGACGCCUCUGGGCUGGUGCAAAAAUCCAAAAAGCCCCACUUUGUUGCAGAGCGGUUUGAAUCCCACGGCCUGAAGAGCCAAGCGGUCUUCAAGACGUCCACCCCCGCCUCUCGGCGCAAUGCAUUCUUGGAGGCCCGUCGCUUGAAGCUGGCCCGGCGAUACUCGUACAUCCGCGACACCCUCGCCCAGCACCACCACCGCCUCCGCACCAAGAGCAUGAUGCGAGGCAUCCAUUUGAAUGAGUCCAUCGCCCACGCCGAGCAGAACCGCCAGACUCUGAUUGAGGAGCAGGUCCGCAAGAGCCGGGAGGCUGUCACGCAUGCUCGCAAGGUCGCCGAGCUCCAGGCUCUCCGGCGCGCCAUCCAGGCCGAGCUGCUCUGCAAGUCUCUGGAGGACCGUCUGUACAUUACCCCCGGCCUCUCGCAGCGUCUCAAGUGCAUUCCGCGCUCUCGAUUCGUUGAGAGUGGCGGCCAACGCCCCGAAUACGAGUCCGUGCGUCUCGUUGCUGCAACCGCCAUCCAGCGCAAAUGGAGGGCAGCCAAGCUCGCUGCCCCGAUCGCUCGUCUGCUCGAGUCGGACCUGGAGCUCUACCAGGUCAUGCGCCUCGCCUUUGACGACGUCGUCAAGCUCAUCCAGGCUGAUCCGCUCAUCAAGACCGUUGAGGAGCUGUUUGCUCGUCUCCGGGCCAUGACCCGAGACCGCUCCCACCACGAUCGCCCCGAGUGGAAAUCACCGGCACGCAUCUUCCUGAGCUCCUACAUGAUUGCUGCCCAUCCGAAGGCCACCAUGCCGAAUGUCGGUCACGAGGAAAAGGCCCUCAGCAAAGCAGCCGAGACCAUGAUCCAGUCCUUCGAAAACUGGACUCGUGGGUACUCGACGCCCAAGGGAUAUGAACUCGCCCUGCAGUUCAGCGACGCAUGGACGUCCUACUUUGCCUCGUUCCAGAAGUGGAAAGCCGAAGACACCCGCAAGAUGAUCGACGGCAUGGUCGCUCACUGGAUUGAGUUGGAGCGCCUCUGGCUCUCUGUGCGAGACCAGCCCCACGCUGACGUUGAGUGGAAGCCCAAGCUCGAGAGGCAGCAGAGGCAAAUCCAGUCCCGCCUCGCCAAAUUCGGCAAGCGAGCGCUGCAGAAGCUGCAUGCCCAGCAAGAGAGGAUCCAGAACGAAGUCCUCGGCACAUCCGAUGCGGUCGACGACCCUUCGUCGCACUCGGCAUCCAGCCCCAUUCCUGUUCCUGGGGCGGCUCAGACCAACCAGGGCCCAACGGCAAGCGACCCCAGCCCUGACGGCCGUCGCGGCCGUGCCCUCCCGAAGCUGUCGACCUCGCCCCAGCGAUUCCCGUCGUUGACUUCGACGGAUCGCUCUGACUCGGUUCAAACUUCCCGUAGCUCCUCGAGCCAAUCUCCAAGCCGGUCGCCCACCAGAUCGCGGAGCCCAGCAAAAUCGGUCGAGUCCGCCCCAACGGGAUCGUUGACAGGCCUACCUGCCGCCAACCCGCCGCGCUACCUGCCCACUCCCACGGGCGACAUCCCCAAGCUCCAGAAUGUCGUACCAGGGUUUUCCAACGAGCUUACGAACGAGCAGCUGGCGCACGAGUUGAUUCUCGAUCCAAACUUCAGCCUGAAGCCGCCGCCGCGCUCUGCCCUCGAGGAGCAGGUCCGUACCAUUGCCAAGAAGGCCUUCUUCGACGGGGCACGCCGUGAAUUCCAAAGAGGCCAGUUCUCGGAGUAUUUGCCUGCAUUUAUUGCAGACAUCAAGCAGCAACUGCUGGCGAUGGUCAGCUCAGGCGGCCGCAUAGCGCAGGAGAUCAACGAAGCCCUCGAUGGCGAUCUGAUCCAGCAACAGAUCAACAACAACGUCUUCGACAUUCCGCGAUGCAUCCACUACAUUACCGCAAAGAUGAUCUCGCUGUGUGCGCCUAUCCGCGAUGCACCCAUUCGCCAGAUCGAGGGCAUGACUGACCUGGCCGCAGUCUUUGAAAAGAUCAUGGACAUCUUGGAAGACAUGAAAGUGGAUCUGGCCAACUACCGUCUGCAGGCCCUGCGUCCUCACCUCAAGGCCCAGGCCGUGUCCUACGAGCAGCUCAAGUUUGAGCAGGCCCUGCAUGCCGGGUCGUUUACCCUCGAAAAGACCACGGCAUGGCUCGAGACAGCAUAUAGGAAUCUCGCCCAAAUCUCGGCGGCUCGCAACCCCGAGAACAUCGACGCUCCCGAAAACAAGAUACGCUUCGAGGAUGUCUUCCACGAUGCCAUGCUCAGCAUCGUCUUCAAUGCCACCGCUGCCGUUUCUAUGAAGUCUGUUCCAGAAACCCUCCAACUCGACGCUGCUCGGCUCUAUGCUUACCAGAACGAAGCCCAGGCCCUGACGAUCGUGGCGGCUCUGGUCAUGCUGGCAAAGAACAUUGUCACCGAGCUCAGGCGAGAUGUCGCCGCUGUCUCCAAGCUGAAGGAGGUGCUCUUUGUCCUGCUGCGAGAUCCAGAAACAACGAUCGAGCACCUGUGGGUGCAGAUCGUCGCAACUCUCGAUUCGGUCUUUGCCAAGCAGUCCGCCGCCCAGAGCCCCAAGACAGGACGCCCUCCAACACUCUCGAGCUCGACCGGGUCCCCCGUCGCGGCCCUGUCACCCAAGACACUGACACCGGAGCAGAAGCAGCUCAUCCAGCAAAUGGUCGAGAAGACGCUGUCUUACAAGGACCCGGUGUACACCCUGCUCAGCCGCCGGGUGCAGUCGAUUGCUCGCGCUCAAUUGACGGGUGGUGUUUUCAAGCGAGACUCCCUGGCAAGCCACGGUUUGGAUAUCGUCCAGACCGAGCUCGAGGAGCUGGUCACCAAGUUUGUGCUGCUCACGAAGCACACCAAGGAAGUCCAUGCAAAGUACUACGACGACAUCUUGAGAAAGAUCUCGGCCGAGCAGAGCCCCAGCGGAUCCGCCUGAGAGUGCCCGAGGAUGAGUCCGGCUCUGGCGCCAAGGCCCUUGCUUCCAAGUGAUGCAGGUGUGGAUUCGGCAGCCCAUAUCGGCGAUACUCGGGGGCUGUCAGUGUCGGCGUCAUGUCGGUUCCGGAGACAGGACAGCUUGCGAUUUGCCUUCCAGCACGCUAUCUAUUAGGCACACUCUACUAUUUAUCAUGCACCCUGUAGUUGAAUCAAGUUUUGCUGGUGGUUGAGUCGAUUUGAAGAACCCAGGAAAUGUGCGGUGAUUUUGAGAUGAGUUUUGAUUCCGUUCACAUUCACAUUCACAUUCACAUUCACAUUCACAUUCACAUUCACAUUCAC